AUGGAUUCAUUACCAAAAGGUAUCAAGGGUAUCAUUGGUCCAUCGAUUCUCAGUGCUGAUUUAUCAAAACUAACAGAUGAGAGUCGUCGUCUUCUCGAUGCCGGUGCCGAUUACCUUCAUCUCGAUGUUAUGGACGGACACUUUGUCCCUAAUUUAACAAUCGGCCAUCCGGUGAUCAAAUGUCUUCGAAAGAACAUUCCGAAAGUCUAUUUCGACGCCCAUAUGAUGGUGGCUAAGCCUGAACAGUGGAUCGAAGAAAUGGCCGGUGCAGGUGUGAAUCAAUAUACCUUUCAUAUCGAAUCAACAACAAAAGAAAGUAUGCCGGAAAUUAUCCGAAAGAUCAAGGAAGCCGAUAUGAAAGUGGGCCUAGGCAUAAAGCCGAAAACGGAUAUAAGUGUUGUAGAAGAAUACAUCAAUGAUAUUGACGUUGUUUUGAUAAUGACCGUUGAGCCCGGUUUCGGUGGGCAAAAGUUCAUGGGAGAUAUGAUGGAGAAAAUCCGUUGGCUACGAAAAACCUAUCCGCAAUUGCUUCACAUAGAAGUCGAUGGUGGUGUAAGUACGAAAACAAUCGACGAUUGUGCACAAGCUGGAGCAAACAUGAUCGUUUCCGGUUCGGCGCUAAUCGAUAGUAAACAACCUGAUAAAGAUAUCGAACAAAUGCGCAAUCUCAUUGAUGAAAAUUUAAAGUCGAAAAAGUUACAUUUGCAAAUAACAAACAACGAACAUUGUUCCCAUUGA